CUCGUGGGGCGCGCACAUUCCUUUUGUCCAAGAUGGCGGAGUAGAUGCAUCUGAAGCGACGCUAAUGUUUGUCGUUUUAUUUUUAUCGGUGAAGCUCAACACCCAGGCGAACGUUUUUCCGUGCAAACGUUAGUUAAAGUCCUCCUCACGGAUGUACAAAAACUCUUGGAGCCGUGAGAUUUCACCUCGGAGCUGAUUUUAUAUUUGUGCGGGGGGAGCAUCACUGUAAAAUGAAGCGGCAGGCCGAGCGCGACGCGAGUCCAUCCAGAACUCUCGCCAAACGCGUCCGCGAGCGAGACCGAGAGCGCGAACCGAACCCGCCGCUCGCGUUGCUGCUCGCGGAGAGCCGAAACUAUCAUAAACGAAGCCGCAGCCGAGAGCGGGAAAAACCGCGGGUCCGUGAAGAGAGAGAGAGUCUGCAUCACCGCCCGCAUCACGAACUGGGUCUGCUGGGUCGAGCCCCCCUCCGAACCACCUCAGUCAUGCCUAAAGGUAAGACUGUGACACCAGCCACUGAAACCGUGGCUACAAGACUAGAAUACAAGACACUACUUAUUAGCAACCUUGGAUCUCAGCUUUCUGAUGAACAUGUGGAGGACGGACUGUUUCAUGAGUUUAAAAAGUUUGGAGAUAUGAGUGUUAAGCUGUCUCAUACGCCUGAACUGGGUCGCGUCGCCUACGUCAACUUCAGACACACGGAAAUUGCACGGGAAGCACGUCACGCCAAAACCAGGUUGGUGCUAUAUGAUCGUCCACUUAAAGUUGAACCCAUGUACAUGCGGCGUCGCAGUGUCACGCCUCCAGAUGUUAGUUAUGUAUCUCUGCACAGCGCUGCCUACACCUACAGACAGCGGUCCCUGUCGCCCGGCGCGGGGAGCACUAGCGCCCUUCGAGAGGUGAGACCCAGGCAUUACGUUGAUGGCAUGGGUCUCAGCCGGGACCGCGUUUUGGACUAUUACAGCGCUUUGGAGGAGAGGAGCCGUGCGUAUGCAUAUCAGCUUCCUGAGGACGACCUAAAACCAGAGGACGAUCAGAGAGCCACGAGGAAUUUGUUCAUCGGAAACUUGGAUCAUAAUAUUUCUGAGGUGGAACUACGACAAGGAUUUGAGAAGUAUGGGAUUAUUGAAGAAGUCGUUAUCAAGCGGCCCGCUCGCGGACAAGGCGGCGCGUAUGCUUUUCUUAAAUUCCAGAACUUGGAUAUGGCUCACCGGGCUAAGGUGGCCAUGCAGGGGCGUAUGAUUAACGGCAACCCGAUAAAGAUCGGAUACGGGAAAGCCAAUCCGACGACUCGGCUCUGGGUGGGCGGACUUGGCCCGAAUACGUCUCUCGCUGCUUUAGCACGCGAGUUUGACCGCUUUGGGAGUAUUCGCACCAUUGACUAUGUGAAAGGAGAUAAUUUUGCUUACAUUCAUUAUGAGAGCUUGGAUGCAGCCCAGGCCGCUUGCGCGCAAAUGCGUGGCUUUCCUCUGGGCGGUCCGAACCGCCGGCUACGUGUGGAUUUUGCGAAGGCGGAGGAGACGAGGGCGUACCCUCAACAGUACCAGCCGCCUUUGCUCCCACCUCCUCAUUUUGAUAUUCUCGCUGAGGGUUACGGACGCCACCGCAGCCUAGAGAGGGAGCUGAGAGCGAGGGCCCGCUCACCGUCACACCCUCUGUUCGCCGAGCGAGAAAGAGAGCGCCUUUCGGACCGGGACUGGAGUCCGCCGAAGGUACUGGAGCGGCGGGCCAACCCGGAAGCGUUUGGGCGGGUCCGGCAGCGCAGCCGUAGCCGCAGCCGGGAACGCUGGGUAAAGGAGCGGGACCUCGAGCGGGGGCUGGGGAAAAACUGGGAGGAGCGGCGCAAGCGAAGGAGCCUGAGCCCCAACGACCGUCCCACCGAGGAGCGCGGACGGUCAAAGCUCAGAGGAGGGGCGCCGGCCACCCCUGAAGACAGUCCGGACCGGGGCCGCGGGCGUCUCCCGGACUCCACCUCAGAACCCCUCGAUCACACCCCUGACAUCAGCAGACACUCCAGCGACGAGCGUCCCGCGCAGGACGAGUCUUUGCAUCCGAGGAAGGACGAGCGGGAUCGCAACCACCGCAAAAGCGAAAGCGACCCGGACUCGCAGACGGACAAGUCCAAAGCGGACUCCAAAAAGCCCAGCACGCUCUCCGAAUACGCCCAGACGUUGAGCCGCGUGUGGCACGGUUCUCUCGUCCUUAAAAACAGCUGCUUCCCCACAAACAUGCACAUGCUCGAGGGCGGCGUGAGCUUUCUCCACGCCCUCAUGAGAGACAACCAAGCGGGAGGCGCCAAGAUCACGCAGCUUAAAAUUGCCCAGCGGCUGAGGUUGGAUCAGCCCAAACUGGACGAGGUGACGCGCCGCAUCAAGCUAGGCAGCCCGGACAGCUACGCCGUGCUCCUCGCCGUCCAGGGGCCCAUGGACCGGGACGCCCCUCCUCCAGAACCAGGCCUUCAACAGCGCCUUCUCCGCAACCUGGUGACGUACCUCAGGAACAAGCAGGCGGCAGGGGUCAUCGGCUUGCCCCUCGGGGGCCCCAAAGAGCGGGAGACGGGGGGCAUGCUGUACGCCUUCCCUCCGUGUGACUUCUCACAGCAGUAUCUCCAGAGCGCUCUCAAAACUCUCGGCAAACUUGAGGAGGAGCACCUGGUGAUCGUGGUGGUUAGAGACUCACCUUAACACUUCAAUUCCAACUCUAGAAAACGUUCCACACAGAUUUUAUGCCUUUUAUGAUUUUAGGAUGGACCUUUUUAGCUAAAUACUUCCACACAGUCAUCAUUCCCUUCUUAACAUGUUUUGAAAUCGAAUAGCAUCCCAGAGAAGUAACAAAUGAGUUUUUAAUUUCACCUGUGC